UAAGUCUCGUCAUGUGAUUGCCGAGAUUUAGCGAGAUUAUUAACUUCCGGGUACAUCAACAUCUCAGACUGCACUGUGUAGAGAGUGGUAUACAUAGAUAUAGCGUUAUCAAUCGAUUAUGUGGAGGUUUUAACGAGAUAAAAAUGGGAAUUGAAGCAUUAGUGGAGUGGUCGAGGAUUCUUCGCUUCAUGUUUGACGAAUUACGUGUAAUAACCGCCAGUGUACAAGCAUCGACGAGGGUACGUCUUGCAGAUGAAGAGCAGAUAUGCCUUGAAUCUGAGGAUAAAGGUGUUGUGCAUUGUGCAGUCAUCAUUAAUGUGGAUGUCUGAUGCCAGUAUGCCCAUAAUGGGGCAGUAUAAGUGUCGAUCUUCAUAUGACAGCAAAUUUUCAAAGGCAGAUAUAAGAAGGCAAAUAAAACUGUUCAAUGUAAAAUACGCCAGUAGUUGGAUAAAACAUCCAAAGUCGGCACAGUCAAAGUUCACAACAACAAUGGAGGAAUUAACUGCAUCCUCAUUCCGCAGGGCAACAGGCCAUUUUCAGCAACCCCUGAAAUUCUUAAUUGAGGCUAAGUGCCCAUUUUCAGCUCGAACAAUGACAAUUAAAUAGGCCUGUGCAAAUGUUGGGAUUUCCCUCUUGGUAAGUCAGCAUUAUAGAUUGAACAAUUAUGUGUAUGUGUACCUAAUACAUAUACAUUAGCUGUACAUAUAUGUAUUCAUAUAUAUCACUAUGGAUGUAUCCAAGUUUAUUAUAAUUUUAAAGUAACAUUUUAUGAAUGAAAUACAAAUACUACUUAGGCUUCAUUGUGAUAUUGAACUGCUAAUGUUCUUUAUAAACUUUACUUGCAUCAAGUUUUGAAUACUGCAGUACAUCUAUGUCAAAAUAAGUAUGCAUAUUGCAGUAUAAUACUUUCACCACUAAUCAGAGCACUUGUAAAUCAUGUAUAUUUUAUCAAUACAUGUAAUGACAUUUGCCAUUUUAGAAUGUGAUGCAAGGGAUGGUUCGCUGCACCUCAAAACAAAAUUUGAAUAUUGGCAUCAGAUUCAAGGACAACACCACCUGAAAGACACCCAAUGCUGUGAUUUGCUAGUGUGGAUUCCUAGUGACACUCAAAUAAUUCACAUUGACAAAGAUGUAUUAUGGUCAACCUUUUAAGCGUGAUAGAGUUUAAUUAUAAUAAUGAAGUAUUUUUGCUGUCUAAAAUACACACACAUAACCACAUUGAUAGAUGCACCACAUAUACUUUAUUAUGAUAUCAGUGGUGCAUCUAUCAAAGUUAUGUAAUUACAUGUAUAUUUAUUGAAUAAACAUUAUAGACAGA